AUGUCCAGUGUCACGGGGGUGAUGAAGCUCGAGAUUUCAAGUGGGAGAGAUGACAGCUAUCCUGUUUUGGACGCUCUCCCAUGGAGCAAACUCUUCUAUGUUUCAAGGGACUGGAGCUUGAGCUUCGUGAGCAGGAGGGAGCAGGGAGUAAUCAGGCUAGAAAUCGGCGUAGUGCUUCAGCUUGAAAUCUCACUAGGAUAUAAGGUCAUUCAAAGCCUAUUUAAAUUAGCAUAUUCAUGGAACAAUUUCAUGCUAAAGAACUUGCAUGCUCUACUUCUCUCGAGCUCUGAGUAUAGACACGACAAGAAGCUUUUCAGCCAGUUGAUCCGUGUGUACGGAAGAUGUGGCCGCCUUGCGUGUGCCCUGGAGGUGUUUCGAGCACUACCAGAGCACAAUAUCUUCUCUUGGAACAACAUGAUGCAAGCAUAUGCCCAGAAUGGCUAUCAAGAAAAAGCGCGAGGGUUUUUCGAUCGCAUGCCGCGGAGAGAUACUGUUGCGUGGACGACAAUGCUAGGGGCUUACGCGCUCAAGGGUUUCGUGGCGGACGCCAGGAAGGUCUUUUUGGACAUGCCCGAGAAAAACUUGGUUGCGUGGAAUGCAAUGUGUCAAGCAUAUGCCGCGAAUGGGUACCUUGAGGAGACAAAGAUGGUGUUGGAGAGGACUCCUCAGACGGACUUUGUGACUUGGACAAUGCUUAUUACUGUUUAUGCACAGAAUGGCGAUAUCGGAGAGGCAAAGUUGGUGUUUGAUACAAUGCCGGAGCGCAACGAGGUGUCAUGGAACGCAAUGGUGACCGCAAAUGCCCAGAAAGGACGUAUCGAUGCCGCUAAGCUGCUCGUAGAGAAAAUGCCUUUGGUGAGUCUCAUUGUGUGGAACGCAAUCAUUCAAGGCUCCGAAGUUUGUGAUGCGGAGAAUUUUUUCCUUGGAAUGCCCGAGAAGGAUGUCAUAUCUUGGACUCUCAUGGUUCCUAGAUACGCAAAGAGUGGGUAUAUGGCAAAAGCGAGAGAUAUUUUCCGCAAGAUGCCAGUGCGAAGUGUAGUUUCAUGGACAGCAAUGCUGGUGGCAUAUGCCGGGAGCAACAACUUGGCGAUGGCGAAAAAAACCUUCGAUGCUAUGCCGGAGAGAAACCAUGUCUCGUGGAACGCGUUGCUCCAGGGCUAUGGAGCGGCCGGGCAUGGCACCGAAUUGAGGAUGACGUUUGAAAAGAUGCCCCUCAAAACAAUGUCGAGUGUGACGGUGGUGAUGGAGUUCGAGGCGAAAAUGGGAGAGAUGGUGGAGGCUAAGCAAGUGUUUGAUGAUAAUGGGAUUGGUGAAUCAAGCGUGGUUUCGUGGACAACCAUGGUGGUGGCUCACGCUCACCGGGGCGAUAUCGAGCAAGCUAAGAGCCUCUUUGACGAAAUACCCGAGAAGGACAUGGUUGCCUGGAACACCAUGGUCCACCUCUAUGCCCAGCACGGGCAUUACAUGCUCGAGGCCAAAACCACCUUCGAUCUCAUCCCCCGGCGUGAUGUAGUCUCGUGGAACACCCUGCUCAUUGGAUAUGCGAACAAUGGCGAUCUCGCCGCAGCUCUCAAAGUUUUCCACACCAUGCCAAUGAGAGACACGGUUUCCUGGAACGCCACGGUGACCAUCUACGCAUCCAGUGGAUUCAUGGAAGAAGCUCGCGAGAUCUUUGAGCAAAUUCCCGGGAGCAACAACACCAUAACCUGGGACGUGAUGCUCGAGGCCUACACCGCGCGGGGCCUGGGAGAAGAAGCUCUUGAGCUCUUCCGGCUCAUGGCCGUGGAAGGCAUCCGUCCCGAUGAGGCGGCGUUCGUGAGCAUCUUGAACUCGUGUAGCCACCUCGGGCUCCUGGCAGAAGCUCGGCUCCAAUUCCAGUCCAUGAGCCAAGACCACGGCCUGGUGCCUGCGAGGGAGCAUUACUGCUGCGUGGUGGACAUUCUGGGCCGCUCCGGCCGGAUGGGCGAUGCGGAAGAGCUUUUAAAAGCCAUGCCUUUUGUUCCGGACGAGGUGGUGUGGGCCUCCUUCCUCAACUCGUGCAGGAUCCACAGUGAUUUGGAGCGCGGGGGCCGAGCUGCCAAGCUCAGCUCCAAUGACGCCAGCCACUAUCUUCUCUUGGCGACCAAUUUUUCCACAAUAUCUUGA